UUAAUCAUUUUCAUAAUCUCAAAUCUUUUUGUUGUCCUCUUUCUAAUUGAUAACUCAGUUUUGAUGCUUCGACAAAAUAUAGGGGCAGAGUGGAAAGAUUUUAGCAGAGUAGAAUAGGUUUAAUGAGUGGUACAUGUUCAAUGAACAGCUGGAGACGAAGUAGAUCUGAUUCCCGAAGAUGUUCAAAGAAAUUAUUGGUAGUCUAACCAAAACUAUGUACUAAAUGUACUUGCAAAGGAGACUUUAACACAUAGCCCUGUAUAACCCAGUAAAUUUCUCACCCUGUCUAUGCAGGAUGGCAUUGAAUAAGUGUAAUUGUAUAAAAAAUAGGACUAAAACUCGAUUUUAUUGUAAUAAAAACAUUUCUGAUUUUCUCAAUUAUUUUCUUCACUCAGGAAAUAUUUUAGUAUGAUUUUAAUAUAAUUUUAAUUUUCUUUGAUUGCACUUUGUGAGAGCAAGAUGGCCGAUGAUUCUGUAAAUGUCUGUGUUGCCGUCCGUGUGAGGCCUCUUCUACCAAGUGAAAGACUUCAUAGCCACCAGGUUUGUGUAAAGAAAGUUUCAAACUCCAAGAAUCAACUUCUUGUUGGAAAAGACAGAUCUUUCACUUUUGAUCAUUUGCAUUGGUGGAACACAAAACAACAGGAUAUCUAUAAAACCACUGUGAAGCCUCUGGUUGAUGGCUGUUUUCAAGGCUACAAUGCUACAGUGUUCGCGUAUGGUCAAACCGGUUCAGGGAAGACAUACACUAUCGGUGGGAGCAAUCCUGCAAACAUAACGAGGGAUGAACAAGGAAUUAUACCAAGAGCUAUUAAUGAGAUGUUUUCUGAGAUUAAAUCACCAGGAAGAAAACAUAUUGACCAUGCAAUUAAGGUUUCUUAUGUUGAAAUCUAUAAAGAAGAAGUCCGAGAUUUAUUGGAAGUUGAUCUUCAAAAAUGUAAAGAUGUUCAUAUCAGAGAAGAUCAGAAUGGGAACACUGUGAUAAUCGGGGCAAGAGAGGAGAAUUGUUCCACAGCUGACGAAGUCAUGAGCUUACUUCAGAAGGGCAGCGCAGUUCGUCACACUGGGGCGACACAGAUGAAUGAGUUAUCAAGCAGAUCUCAUGCAAUAUUUACUAUUCAUAUGAUACAGACAUGGCCGUGCACACCGAGACCUAAAAAUUUGAACACAAACAACAGUAAUAAUAGCAUGAAUGGAUUGAUGGAUUCAGAUGAUCUUGAUGAUGAGAAAAUACAGAAUGUAAUGUCAGCUAAGUUUCAUUUCGUUGACCUUGCUGGCUCAGAAAGAGCUAAUCGAACUGGGAAUACUGGAGAGAGGUUCAAAGAGUCAGUUCAAAUCAACACUGGGCUUCUUGCUUUGGGAAAUGUUAUCAGUGCUUUGAGUGAUCCGAAGAAAAAGAAAAUUGGACACGUGCCUUACAGGGACUCAAAGAUUACAAGAGUCCUGAAAGACUCACUUGGAGGGAACGCUCGCACAGUCAUGAUCACCUGCAUAAGUCCGUCUUCAACAAGUUUUGAUGAAACAUUGAAUGCUUUGAAGUACGCAAAUCGUGCCAAGAAUAUCACCAAUAAACCAGUGGUAAACAGAGAUCCUCAACAGAUUUUGAUUGAAGACCUUCAAGAUGAAAUUGAAGAAUUGAAACAACAGUUACAGAGCAGACCAACAACAAGAGAGAUUGCAAUGCAAAAACAAAAGAUUCUUGAACUAGAAGUCGAAGAGUUGCAAACCCACUGUAGAUUAUACAAGAAACACAUAGAAGAAGCAGCGAAGCAUUUCAAAUUAGUUUGUGCUGGAAAACACGUCAAUAAAACACACAGUAGUAAUAUUAAGAAGUGGUUGGAGUCUGUCUCAAAGAAUGGCCUGGCUUUCUCCAAACAAAAUCUCAACGCAAGUUUCUCUGCUUCUAUGUCUCGAGAUGAGCGGAUACAACAGGAACUAGAAGAGUAUAGAAGAACUCUGGAAUCUGAUGAUAAGGUUUUUGCAGCUAAAGACGCCCAGAUUGAUCAACUUGGUAAAGCAUUAUCUGAAGUCCAAGAUGAAAUCAGAGAUAGAGAGGAAACUCUUCAAAUGGCUGAAGAGAUAAGAGAACAGCAGGGGGCGAAAUUAAUCGAACAGAAAGUCAUCAUUGAGGAAUUGCAAGAGGAGAUUCUCUACAUGAGAGAAGAGUUCCAACAUCUUCAGAAUCCUUCUCCAUCUGGACAUCAUCAUCAUGUUGGGUUGUUGGGAAGAGCUCAGUCUGUUCCUCAUCCAGCAAGAGGAGCUGCAUUCUCCACUGAUUCAAAAUUGCUAUCAGAGGAAGCGAAAAGAGCUCAUUCAUCACCCCCUCUCAUCUCAGCUGAACGGAUCAUGGCGGGAUUUCGAGCGCGAAAUCAUGUGAUCGCAGACAGAAUAGAGGAAGAAGAUGAGGUAGAUCAUAGAUCCUUUGGAAUUGAUGGUGAUGAACCAGGAAGUGACCCAUAUAACUCAAACCAGGAAGCAGGAGAUAAGAGUGAUAGAAGUACUGCUUCUAGGAAAAGGGAAGCUUUCAUUCAACAGCACCAGUGGAGAAUUCCUUCUGCAAGGAAGCAAAGUGGCCCAAGCUUUGAUCAAGAUGAAAAAGGUAACAUUGACACAGAACUCAAUGUUCUUCGAGAGAGCACAGUGUUAUCAGUAAAGAGAUUAAAAGACUCAGAACUUCGAGCUCAGAAUUCAAACAAUAAAAUACGAGAACUGUCAAUCAAUAUUAAAAUGAAAGAAGAAUUGAUUAAAGAUCUUGUCAGGACAGGCCAUGAUGCAGAGGCAGUGAAUCGUGAUUACUUGACGAGGAUACUAGUUCUUGAAAAAGAAGUUCAGACUGCGAAACGUGAAUUACUGGAUUCACAUAAGGCUUUGCAAAAUGGAGGGAGUGAACAGGAACUUCUAAAACUGAAAACUGAUUAUGAGCAGAAGCUGAAAGGCGCAAAAUCCAAAGUCCAGAUGCUUCAGAAAAAGCAGAGAGAAACUGAGAGGAUUGCAACCAUCCCAUCUCAGAAUAAAAAGAAGAUUAAAGAACUGGAAAUUGGUAUUGCAGCGAUGCGUCAAAUGCAAGAAGACAUGCAGAAGAAAUUGAAAACAGAACAAGAUCAGAAAAGAAAGCUCGAAUCUGAAUUGAGUAAAGAUCAAGCAAAAAUAAAGGAUCUUGAAGUGAAAAACAAGAAUCAGGAAAAAAUUUUGAAGCGGAAAACUCAAGAAGUUGCUGCUAUACAGAAGAGAUUGAGAAGUGCAAAAUCUAUCUCACCUGAGGAGCCAGAUGACAUCGAUGAGCAACGUCGUUGGUUAGAUGAGGAGGUAGAAAAAGCACUCGAUCAACAAAAACUACUCAAACAACUUGAGGAUGCACUCAGAGCACGAGAGGCUGCAGUAAUCAGAAGAGAAGAAGCAAUCCAAAGGAGAACAGCUUUGGAAACUAAGAAAAUGAGAUCAAGUCAGGUCAUCUCAUCUGAGGCAUUACAACUUGCUUCUAAAAUGGCUUCAGUCGAUCAGAAAUUAUCUGCAAGGACUCAGCAACUGAGAGAUAGUCUUACCUUGACCUCUGACCGGGGUCAUCAAGGGUCAUCGGCAAAUAGACAACAUCAACUGAAAAGUGCGAUAGAAAGACUGCAAUCUGAGAAAAUACAACUUGAAGAAAAACGGAGAAGAUUGGAAGAGAAGUUACAAGAUGGGGAUGUCUUGGAUACUCAGGAUGAGAGAGAACUUAUUGAGCUUGAUGAGGCUGUAGAAGCACUGACUGCUGCCAUCGAGUGGCAGGACGAUACGAUUAUGCGGACAAGUACAUCAAAAGAUUUGAGAGAAAGCAGAUUGAAAUUGGCGAGAGAGAGGAACUCUGGACUCCAGAAAUAUAUUAAAAGUUUGUCUGGAACUGAAGCAGGAAUGCUGCUCACGAAGUGUUUUGAGCGGGUUAUAGAUCUUCGUGAAUAUGAACAAACUCUUGAAAGCAAGCUGACUGAUAUGGAAGCCAGAUUGAAUAAUAAAGACAGGGCUGUUUUGGAAGCCGAGACUGCACUGAACAGAUAUGUCGUUGAAAGCGACAGACGCCUUAUGGAAAUGGAAAAACAACACGAAAAGAGGACGCAACAACUUAUCAAACAAUUAUCAGAUCCAGAUAAACCAAGCAAUCCUGCUACUAAUGAUGAUGUGUUAGAACUUCAAUCAAAGAUUCAAGUUUUGGAGAAAGAUUUGGCCCAUUAUAGGACAACAAAUAGAGAUCUGAAGAAAAAACUCAGAGAGGUUCUAGCAGAUGCUGAAAUAGGAGAUGACAUUGUCUUUUCUGCCAGAAGUAAUUCUGAAUCUGAGAUGAGAAGUGCAAGAAAAGAUAGAGAUGCAGCUCAUUCUCCUGACAGUGCAGUGGCGAGUACAGCAUCAAUAUCUGGUAAAAGCAGUAAACACCAUCCAAGCAAAAGUAUAGAAAACGAGAACGAAAAACAAAGAUUUGGGAGUCCUAAACGACAAAAACGUGCUGUCACACGUCAGUCGAGUGGAGACAUGGUUUUAAAAGAUCCCCGGCCCUUGUCAGCAGAUCUUAACAGCGUUCCACUAAGCCCAACGAAGCUAUCUUCCAACCCAAACUUGGGGCCGCUACGCAGGUCUCGUCAAGAGCCCCACCCAGGUCAUAUUCACCCAUCUAUCCCCACAAAUUCAGUUGAAUAUCUCGAAUACCAGGAUCUGAAUCAAAAUUUACCCUCUUCUAGAUCGGGGUCAGGGGGUCGAAGGUUAAGCCCCAACCAUUCCCAAGAUCCUCUCUUAUUGGCCAGCCACCCUUCCACAAACCCCACAACGUCGCACAACCUGAUUACUGCAUCUUUGAGUGUUACUGAUAGCAUGACCUUGGGGUCAACGGGUUCAAAGUUCAACCCUAAUCCCAUGCAAGCUUUCUCAGAGAAAAUAGGCGACGGCCCCUCAAAGCCCCCUAAAAUGGACCCAACAAUAACCCCAGUUCGUAUUUCAAAGAAAGAUUUGAAACGUCUUCCGAAGACCGAAAUCACACAGCGUAAAACGAGCUUAUCCAGCAUUGGGGAUUAUCCUCAAGGUGGUGCUAAGCAGUCUGGAAUCCACGCAGCGGGACCUGGUCCGUUACAAGAUUCAUUGGAAGGAUUCAAAAACCCUUGGUAGAUUGGAAUCAACAACUCUACCCAACAAAAAUUAAAGACAAAACUGAAUAAUUAGCCAUACAAAUAGACUAUGACAAGGGUGAAUGGCACAUAAAAUAUAAAUAUAUAUCACUUUCACUCCAAUGAGCAACAAUUUCAAGAAAGUCCCUGUUGUUGCUUUGCCUGAUUUGUUAUCCCCUGGGUGAAAUGAUGGCCAGGAUGUUGGAAUCCUUGAUCUUUGACCUUUAUCGGUACAGUUAGGUCUAACGUAUAUUUUCCACACUAGGAAGUUUGUUUUGACUUGUCGUACACACCAUAUAGUCUCUUUUCGAUUUCUGUCUGAUUUUAAAUUCCACCAUUAAAACUCCCAGCUCAUGGAAGUUUGAAAAUAUGGUUCUGACUCCAAUAUUAAUGGAAACUUGCCACCAAACUCUGUCUCCGAAGUCUGAUAUGAGUCGGGCAGUAAAAAUGAAAUUCCAAAUUCGUAACCUAUUGUUCAAAUGCUUAAAUGUGGACAAAUAAAGCUUGCUUUAUACUCAUAUUUUUGUUUACUAGGAAGAAACUGUUAGCAUAGUGCUAUAUCACCAUUUUGCCUGUAGCCUUUUAUAUUUUUUAACGUGUUUUAUGUCCACUGUGUAAUUAGUGCUAUGUUUUUAAUGGUCUUAUAAAAUAAUCCGACUUUUAAAAUCGUGAUACACAAUUGAACCUGAACCCGUUUUCGUUGUCGUCGUAGGCUUAAAUAAAAAGUAAGACGUUUUUUUUUUCAAUUACAGAUUGGAUAGUUUUGUUAUUUGUUCAAACAGAAAUUUAAAUGCACGAGCAUUCAAUACCCUUUUUGUAUAAUGAAUUUGUAAUGUUAAUUUGAGUCGGACUUCUCCUAACCCUCUGAAAACCCCUGUAUUCGUUGUUGUAGUGAGUUUAAAUAAGAAACGUGUUCCACAGAUCUGGUAAUUUUGCAAUUUUUUAGGGUGGUCACCUUUCAUAUAUUCACUAAUAUAAUUACCAACAUUGAAUAUAUUGAAUUUUGUAACAUCGAGAUUUUAAAGAAUCUAAAUUCGUUGUUGUAGUGGGUUAAAUGGGUAAAUUUUUUUUCAAUUCGGCGACAUUUUGGUAAUUUUGUAGGUCUGAAUGUAGGUUUUAAUGUAUUUUACAUUCUUUGUCACAUUAAAUGUUCACCAGAGUCAAAAAACACUUUCAAAAAAAUAUUUCAAUACGUUGUUAAAGAAAAACGUCUUCUGUUAAAGAAUUGGUUAAUUUUUUAGUUCAAAAUUGAACGAAUUUCACACCCUUCCAUAUAUUUUGUAAUUUUAAUAUGUAUGUGAUUCAAGCCUCAUUCAAAAUUCAUUUGAGUAAUAAUACACAAUUGUAGUUAAACCCAAAUUCAUUGUUGUGCCAGUUUAAAUAAAACAAAAACGUUUUUACUCAUUUUUAAUUCACUAAAUACUUUCGACUGAGAUUGUAUCAUUUCGCAGACUCAAUAUUGUGAUUCUGAUUUCUUCAACCCAGACUCUUUUCAAUUAUGAUUAGCGAUAACAUAAUGUGAAGCCUCUGUUUAGUGUUUGGAUCCUUCGUGUUAACACUCACUGCAUGAGAAUAUAAAAAAUGUUUGAACACUUUGAAUGGGUCGAUGUCCCUUGCGGAAAACCUAAAGUAGGCAUGAAUGAAAUCAAAUUUACGUACGUGCAAGCGCCAUUUCAAUCAACUUCUUGCAAAAGGAAUAAGGAAUGUGCUGUUCUAAUCGACCAAUAUACGCUAAAUGUACCAUAUUUGUGUUGAUUUUUGUAGGGGCUUUUUCAUUGUUCCAGAAUUUGUCUAUUAAAAUAAACUAAACCAGUAAUCGUCAAUGUAUGCCUAGUUAAUGUCAUUCCCUUGUUUCUUCAGCUUAUAGUUUCAUAUAGACGUUGUUUUUUAUUGUUUGUAAUAAUUGUACAAUUUUAUAAUACAUAUAUUUUUUACAGUGUC